CAUCUUCUCUCGCUGUCACUGUCACUGUCACUGCCACUGCCUCUGUCGCAGUGCAGGAGGCCCUCCAACUCUCCAACUGCUGUCCUCUCACUGCAAACAUCCUUUGCACAUAUAUACACACACACACAGAUACAUACACACACCCCAACCGCCAUCAUGUCCAUCUCCGGGCUGUCCUUCAUCUUUUGGCGCCUCUUCCAGUUCGUCACCCUCGUGCCCACGCUGGGCAUGCUGGCCUGGUUCGUCGACUGGUACAACUCGCGCAACCUCCUCACGCCGACGUCUAUCCUCGUUCUCUUCAUUGUAUCUGUACUCGGAGCCGCAUGGGUAGCCGCCACUCUCUUUCUCUACACGCGCGCCAGGCACUCGGCCAAGUUCGUGGCCUUUGUCGACCUUUUGUUCGUGGGCGCCUUUAUCGGUGCUGUAUACGAGCUCCGAGGCAUUGCCGAUGCAGACUGUUCCAACUGGGGCCGCACAGGUGCCUACAGCGCGGACUUGGGCUUGUUCACCAUCUCUGGAAACACAUACGGCCUCGAUGUUAACCGCCAAUGCGCCAUGCUCAAGGCAUCUUGGGCUUUUGGCAUCAUGAACAUCAUCUUUUUCUUCAUCACUUCUAUCCUGGCCCUACUGGUUCACCACCACUACCGUGAUGAUCGCGUCAUCGUUAAGCGCGAAGUCCACCGAUCUCGUCACGGCCACAGCCCACGCCACUCAUCCCACCGCAGCCGCAGCAGGAGCCGACGCAGCUAUGUCGUCUAAGCGCAUGCCGCCAUGUGUAAUGAGUACCAUCUGUUAAUCGCAAUGUCAUGAGUAUGAGAGUUUGGGACGCCGGAAGCUUUGGAGCCAUGUGGUAGACGAUUGUGAUUAGAUUACGAAUUUCUUUGAAAAUGUUCUUUUUUUUCUGCUAGUACCUGGAAGUACUCGGGGCAGAUCUGGAAUGAAGCAGCACUAUAAUGACGAAUGUAUGUAUGAGGAUAUCCCCUAGUGUCAACAGUUUACUUUUU